CUCGUGGUGUCUGUCCGCCCAGCGUGCUGCGGCUGGGGAAGCACCCUCUCCUCCGUCCCCCAGAGCUCCUAGGGCUCCGCCUGCACCCAGGAUCGGGAGGGGGGCUGCCACCUCCCGGGAGGGUGCUCUCUCUCUCCAGGGCAGUCUUUGCCUUUAUCUUGCUGCCUUUCCUAGUGUCCUGGACCCCCCCACAGCCACAGCAUAGUCACCUGGGCAGUCUUUAGCCGAUCCCAGGUUCAGGCACACCAGUCCAGCAGUGUGAGUCUCCAGGUACAGGGGCCAACUACUGUUUUUAGUGUCGACCAUCCGUGAUCUGACCCAUAUACUCAGGCUCCACAGGACCCCUAGAGCAGUGAACUUGGAACGCAUUUACAGCGAUCGUCCUUUCUGCUUGCCACCACCAGGGUCCCCAUACGCUUCCCACCUGUCCUUUUUGAUGUCUUACCUUCUUGAUUUCCUUUUUUGUCCACUCAUUAAAUCUCUGAGGUCAUUCUGGCCAAGGAAUGAGAGAGUGGAUCAAGACAGUGCUAAACCAAGACUUAACAUUCCAACACAUAAAGAUUAUUUAUCCAACGGCUCCUUCCAGGCCGUAUACACCUAUGAAGGGUGGGCUUUCCAAUGUGUGGUUUGACAGAUUUAAAAUCUCUAAUGACUGCCCAGAACACCUUGAGUCCAUUGAUGGAAUGCGCCAGGUGCUCACCGAAUUGAUUGAUGACGAAGUCAAAAGUGGCAUCCAGAAGAGCAGGAUACUCAUAGGGGGAUUUUCCAUGGGAGGCUGCAUGGCGAUGCAUUUAGCAUACAGAAAUCACCGGGAUGUGGCAGGAGUAUUCGCUCUUUCUAGUUUCCUGAAUAAAGACUCUGCUAUUUACAAGGAUCUCCUGCAGGCUGACGGUGCGUUCCCGGAGCUGUUUCAGUGCCACGGCACGGCAGAUGAGCUAGUUCUCCAUUCUUGGGGCGAGGAGACAAACUCAAAGCUGAAAUCUCUGGGAGUGAGUGCCGUCUUCCACAGUCUUCCAAAUCUUUACCAUGACCUGAACAGAACUGAGCUGGAGAGGCUAAAGUCUUGGAUUCUUACAAAGCUGCCAGGAGAGACUGAUGGGCAGAACAAAUGAAUCCUCACCGCCACAUUGAUUAUUUUCUUACACCUAAGAAUAUUUCCUUAUUUGAUCCUCACAAAAAUUAAGGUUUGUGAAACAUCCAGCACUCCCAUAUUAUGUGAAUGGAAUUGAUAAUAUCUGUCUGUUUUCUUUCAACAAAAUUGCCUCGAGAAUCACUCCGUUGUAAAUGUCAGCUGUAUUUUGUAGCUGCACAGAUGCCUUUUUAUGGACGCACUGCAGUUUGCUUGUCUGGUCGCCGCAGAUUUGGGUCACUUCCCGUGUGGCGCUGUCACAAGUAGGACUGUCGUGAGCAUCCGUCCUCAGAGUGGCGAGGCUGGGCAGUGUGUUGUAGCGUGACCUGAACCUGUCUGGCUGUUCUCAGUGUAGUUUUACCACUUUCCGUUCCAGCCAGUAGAGUGGCCUCUGAUGCGCAGUUCUUCACCGUAAUUCCAAUUUGGCCAUUCUAGUGGCUGUGUAGUAUUUGGUUUCUGCAGUGUUUGAUCUGUCAGGCAGGGUGGAUUUCCAUUUUCUUGGUGCCAGCAAUGUGAUUGAUACAGAGUCCUCCACUGGAGGAUUUUCCCACAUUUGUGAAGAAUCAGUUUGUCCUCCGCAGUUUGUUUCUAGAUUCUUUAUGAAAAGUGAUUUACUGUUAAAUUAUAAGAAUAAAAUAUGAAUAAAUUUACCUAUUAAAAUGUCAAGUUCCGUAAAGGGUAAUAUGAUCAUAUUAGAGGUAGAAUUAAUUGAGAU